UUUAUUAAUAUAGAUUUAACCAAAAUUAUUUGGCUAUUUGUCUUACUGCUCGCACGCAUAAAGUGUGCAAUCAUGGCUACUUACUUGCUGCAUGGGCUUUCUUCAACAUCAGCUCCUAUUUCAAGCUCUCAAGGGAUGGCUGGACAGCCAACUCUGAAUUGGCCGAGUACUACUUCUGAAAAACCAACUAUCCAGACUGAAGGAAUAAGGUUUGGAGAUGGACAAUAUUUGGAGUUUUCAAGUCACUUCGAUAACCAAGGGUCUGAUAAAAUAUCGGUUGUUGUUUGGGUUUACAGAUAUGGUAAUGGUCCAGGAGGAUUCUUGACAAUCGGCAACAAUUUUACAAAUGGCUCUCAUCCUCAAGGAAUUGGAGACUUAUCACUGUAUCUUCAUAAAGUAACGAUUAAUGGCAACGACAGAAGAAGAGUCAGGCCUCAUGUAAAUGGAGUUGAAGUUAAUGGAAUACAGAGGAUGAUGAAAAACAAUGGAUGGACUCUCUUCGGUGUUGGAUGGGAACCCAAUCAAGGCUAUCUCAAGAGAAGAAUUUCUUUUCCUGGAUAUGGAAGUCUCGACAAUGAAGCCCACACAGUUUCAUCAUGGAAUACUGGAGGAACUUACUUCAUUGGCUGCCUGGACUCUGGCUGUACUACAGGUACAGACAUGUUGAUACACAGUAUUAGAGUUUAUAAUGAUCUCUCACCAGUAGAAUCACGAAGCUUGGAUGACAUUCCGAAUAAUGACUACUUUCCUUGUGGAAACGGUGUGAGUGAUACAAACGAUGAUGGAAGUUAUACUGAAGAAUGUGAUGAUGGUGACUGGACAAAUGGAAAUGGAUGUAGCGAGUAUUGUAAAGUUGAAGAUGGCUGGAAAUGACAAGCAGGGACUUGAUCAGUAUUUUGCAGAGGGAAUUCAGCUCCUCCAGACCAAACCACAACUUGAUAUGACAACAACAUUGACAAUGGAGAUGGAUGCAGCUCCAUCUGAGCAGUUGAAACUGGCUAUGUUUGAGAGUGGAACAGCACUGACAAAAACAGUUAUUGCAAGGACGAGUGCGGAGAUGGAAAGGUUGUUGGCACAAUGGCUGCCACUUAUUGAGACGACGGAAACACUGACGGUGGGGAUGGAUGAGAUAGCACAUGAACAAAAGAAACUGACUGGACUUGAUCUGGAGGAAGUCCAACCACUCCAGACACAUGCACUGACACUUGAGGAGAUGGCAAAGUAGUAAACCCAACAGCAGGGUAUUGUGAUGACGGAGCUAAAGCAAAUGGUGAUGGGUGAAGCUCAACUUGAACAGUAGAGGCUGGAUGGGAGUGAACACUUGGAGAUUCUUUGACAGCCAGUUCAUGCAAUGAUAUUUGAGGAGAUGGCAAAGUCACGGAUCCAACUUCUGGAUACUGAGAUGAUGGUGAUAAAGACAGUGGAGAUGGAUGUAGCUCUACAUGACAAGUAGAAUCUGGUUGGAGCUGAACUUUAGGAGAUUCAUCAACUUCAUCUGUGUGUACAGAAGAGUGAGGUGAUGGAACAGUCUUGAAUCCAAUCGCUGGGAAAUGUGAUGAUGGAAAUAAAUUAGAUAAUGACGGGUGAAGCUCUUCUUGAGCAGUAGAGACUGGAUGGAAAUGUACACUCAGAGAUUCUUCAACUGCAAGUACAUGCUCAGACUCGUGUGGAGAUGGCAAAGUCAUGGAUCCAACUACUGGUUACUGAGAUGACGGCAACAGUGAUGAGACUGAUGGCUGAACCUCAGCUUGAAGUGUUAUUGGAGGCUGGGAUUGAACUCUAGGAGAUUCCAGUACAGCAAGCUCUUGCACUGACACCUGAGGAGAUGGCAAAGUUAUGAAACCUACCUCUGGAUACUGAGAUGACGGAAAUAAAGCUGAUGCUGAUGGUUGAAGCUCAAGCUGCUCUGUAGAAUCAGGUUGGACAUGAACUCUAGGAGACUCAUCGACAGCAAGUUCAUGUUCAGACAUUUGUGGAGAUGGAGCAGUGAUGAACCCAACAGCUGGAUAUUGUGACGAUGGAGAUAAAGAUGAUGGAGAAGGUUGAAGUUCAAACUGAUCUGUUGAGUCAGGAUGGGAUUGCACUUUAGGUGACUCGAGUACUGCAAGCUCAUGCUCUGAUAAAUGAGGUGAUGGAAAAGUCGUGACCCCAACAACGAGCUAUUGUGACGAUGGAAAUAAAAUUGAUGGAGAUGGAUGCAGUUCUACGUGAGCAAUCGAAAUUGGGUGGGAGUGCACUCUAGGCGAUUUCUCAACUUCAAGUUCAUGAUCCCAGAUCUGAGGAGAUGGUAAAAUAAUGGCCUCAUCAACUGGCUACUGUGAUGAUGGAAAUAAAAUUGAUGGUGAUGGCUGUGACUCUAGCUGAUCAAUAGAGUCUGGCUGGGAAUGAACUGGAGGGACUUCAUCAACUCCAGAUACUUGAAGUGAUUUUUGAGGUGACUCCAAAGUCGUCAAGAGUCAAUCUAAUUACUGUGAUGAUGGAAAUAAAGACAAUAGCGAUGGCUGAGACAAUACUUGAAGUGUAGAAGUAGGGUGGACUUGCACAUCAGGAGAUUUUUCUACAAAAAGUGAAUGAAGCGAUCAAUGCAAUGAUGGAGUUGUCAUGAAGCCACAAACUGGGUACUGAGAUGAUGGCAACAAGAUAGAUGGGGAUGGAUGUAAUGUAUCUUGAGGAGUAGAAACUGGUUGGAACUGCACUCUCGGAGAUGCAGGGACAGCAUCAAGUUGUACAGAUUAUUGAGGAGAUGGAAUUGUUGUAGAAACUAAGUCUAACUGGUGAGAUGAUGGCAAUUCUGUUGAUGGAGAUGGGUGUAGCUCUUCAUGUCAAAUAGAAACAGGGUGGAACUGCACAGGAGGCGACUUGACAACACCCAGUUCAUGAAUAGAUUAUUGAGGAGACUCUAAAGUUAUGGACCCAAAGCCAACAUAUUGAGAUGAUGGAGGGACUACAUUUGGUGAUGGAUGUGACAACCAGUGACAAGUCGAAGCAGGAUGGACUUGAACACUGGGAGGUCCAAGCACUCAGAGCUAUUGAUCUGAUGUAUGAGGUGAUGGAAUUGUUGUUACUUCAAGUUCAGGAUACUGUGAUGAUGGGAAUACAGUAGAUGAAGAUGGGUGUAAUUCAUCAUGACAAAUUGAGCCUAAUGUGAUCUGAACUUCUGGUGACUCAACUACAGCAAGUGUGUGAACUGACACUUGAGGAGAUGGCUUUGUUAGUUUAAGUAAUUUGACUGACACAUACUGAGAUGACGGAAACAACAUUGGCGGAGAUGGAUGAUCAAGCUCAUGAGUGGUCGAAUCCAAUUAUGUCUGUAAAGGUGGGAAUUCGACAUCAAAGUCUGUCUGAACAACUUGUUCUCUUGAUAACUGUUCUGAAUGCAUGUCCGAAGACACCUCAAAAUGAGAAAUUUGUGAUGAAGGAUAUGAACUCGAUAAUAAGUUUCAAUGAAUAGAGGCAUCUACUGAAGUUCCUACCUCUGCUUCAGCAAGUUCUCAGGCUGCAGUUGGUGGUGUUAUCGCAGCUGCUGCUGUAAACUCUGCUUUGAACAUGUCAUCUCCAGCUGCAAUAUGGGCCAUGGCUAAUCAACUUCAGCUACUUUUGUUGUUAUUGCUUACCAAAUGUUCAAUGCCAGACAAAAUUAUACAGUUCAUCACAGGGAACAGAUUUGCUUCGUUCUCUUUGGAUUUUCUCCCUCUUGAUAGUUUGCCAGUAAUCAGUAUUCCAAAAGGCUGGCUAUUAAAAGACCAAAAUAUCGAAUCUCUGACAGAGAUUGGAAUAGAGUCAGGUAGUUCCUUCAACAAUAACUUCAGUCUGAUAUUCUUGAUAUUUCUGCUGGUUCCUCCUCACAUUUGUGUGUGUUUGCUUCCUAAAUGUAACAAACUUAAGCAUUCUGAGUCAAAAUGAAAAUCGAGAUUUGGAAAAUGUUAUUGAACAACUAGAGAAAUUCUGUAUGAGCUCUUCAAUUUCACAAUAUACUUUAGACUUUUGCUUGAAGCAUACCAGUUCAUAAUGCUGGCUUGAGUGUCUGAGAUCUACAACAUGGAAUACACUGAAUAUGCUUCAUUCUCAAUAUCCUGAGUGUUUCUUGUGAUAUGCAUAUUUAUCCUAGCUCUUUCGAUGUAUGUCUACUGAAGCUUCAAGAACUACGAUGAUAAGAAGCAUUAUCACUGCAAAGAGUUUGUGAGGGGACUCAAGAACACUCAAAAUGCGAGAAGCUACACUUUCAUGAUUCUUCUCAGGAGGUUUGUGUUGGUCAUUUGGCUAAUUUGUAUGAGAGACUUUGGGAAAUAUUUUUUGAUUCCAUUUAUGUCUGUGUAUCAAUUGCUCUAUGUCAUCAGACUAGCAUGGUCUAGGCCAUUUGAGAAUAUCUGAGACAAUUUAGUUGAGAUUAUUAAUGAGUUGUUCUUUACAGUUGCAUGAUGCUCUUUGUGAUAUUUAAACACAGAUAGUGCUUGGGAAGGAAUGGGAACUGAAUUGUAUAUGUAUCUUUUGAUGUCGAAUAAUUUUGUAAUUGUCUCAAUAAUGUUUGCUAAUACAAUCAGGAGCUUUGCUACAAAAUGCAAAAAGAAAUGUUCAAAAUCCACAAAAACAUCCCAAAAACCUCAACCCCCAAAACCCCUCACUAUAAAACCUCCCCAAAACAACACCCCCAACACUCCAGACCCCAAAGAAGACUCAAUGUCCAUCUCUAAACCCUCCUCCACCCUCGCUCUAAAAUACCCCAACUUCCAAACCCGUGAACGAAAAUCAUCAUACAUGUUCAAAAUUACCAAAACACCGCACCAGUCAAAAAUAUUCGUUUAA